AUGCCCGAGUCUACCACCAUCUUUGACUAUGAUCAACCGAGUGUGGCCUGCGAGAGCGACAUCCUGUGGCUGGCCUCCAUGUCCGUCACCAUCUUGUACCCUCUGGUGUUACUGCUCAGCCUGGCAGGCAACGGCCUGGUGCUGUGGGUCCUGCUGAAAUACGAAAACCUGGAAGCCUUCACCAACCUCUUCAUCCUCAACCUGUGCCUCUCCGACCUGCUGUUCUCCUGUCUGCUGCCCGUGUGGAUCACGGCGUACCACCGGGGCUGGCUGUUGGGCGAUUUCUUCUGCAAGCUCCUGAACAUGAUCUUCUCCGUGAGCCUCUACAGCAGCAUCUUCUUCCUGACCAUCAUGACCAUCCACCGCUACCUGUCGGUCACAAGACCGCUGUCCACCCUGGGCGUCCAGCCCCUCCACCGCCGCAUCCUGGUGAUCAGCACGGUGUGGGCGGCCAGCCUCCUGUCCUCCAUCCCCGACACCAUCUUCCACCAGGAGGCCGCCUCGCAGUGUGAUUAUUCAGAAACCCGGGCCUUCCUCGCCUCGGUCUACCAACACAACGCCUUCUUCUUGCUCUCCAUGGGGGUCAUUGUGUUUUGCAACGUGCAGAUCCUCAAAGCCCUGCUGCGAUCCCGAUCGAAACAGAGGCACCGGACGGUCAGGCUGAUCUUGACCGUGGUGGUGGUGUAUUUCCUCAGCUGGGCUCCUUACAAUCUCAUUCUCUUCCUGCAGACGUUACUGAAGCUCGGGGCCAUCCAGGAUUGCCAGGUCGUUCACCGGCUAGAGGUGGCCGUGCUCAUGUGCCGGAAUUUGGCUUUCUCCCAGUGCUGCUUCAACCCUGUGCUCUAUGUGUUCGUGGGGGUCAAGUUCCGCAGACACCUCAAGAGACUCCUUCGGCAGAUGUGGCAGUGUCGCCAGCAGAUAGCCAGCCCUGGCCCGCUCCCCCACAGUCCUGGGGCCUUCCUGUAUGAGGGGCCCUCCUUCUACUGAGAGAAAGGGACAUGGGAGGAAGUGGGGAGCAGGGGGGAUACAAGCAGGAAAAGAACAUUUGCAAAGAUGCUGAAGACACAAGUUGGCCACACGCAGGAGGAGGAAGGAGAAGAAACUGCCAG